AUGAUCAGAGACGGAACCUACACCAUCGCCAGCGCCCUCCCCUCCAACCCGGUUCUUGAUAUUGAUGGCGCUACCACCCCUUUUGACAGCCCCAUCGCCGGCAUUGUUGGUUUCAAAAAUCAAACGGCCAACAACCAAAACCAACAGUGGAAAGUGACCGCUCUUAGCCCGGGUGUUUAUAGUCUACAAUCUGUCAUUGGCCCCUUUUGGAUCGCUGCUCCCGACGAUGGUAGCGUUGCGCAGGUUGACACGUCUAGAUACGACCCCGUGGUUAACCUGAUUACCCGUUGGAGAAUUUCCGAAGCAGGUGGUGGUAACUACACGAUUGAAAGCGAGAAAUUCCCUGGCCGUGUUAUAGACCUCGAGUAUGCUAACAACGCUGACAAUACGCGUGCUAUUUUGUAUCAGAAUGGCCUACAGCCCAACCAACUUUGGCAAUUUAUUCCCGUAGCGAUAUAG